AUGAUUCCCGCUCCUGAGCCAAUAAAAAACCGGGAAUUCGAUAGCGAGGACGCCGUUGCAGGCACAGAAAGGUGCUAUUCGAGCCACUCGAACGCCUCCAUCGACUCGCUCGACGCCAUCCAAGAGGAAACCGCCCAGAGGAAAGACCCCGUGCCUCUCACCACGCAGUCGCUAGAGCAACAUAAGAAGGCAAUUGCCACGAUCGCCCCGAUGUUGGAGGACUUUGUGCCGGUGUUGUCGAAAUCUGAGGUGCUCAGUCCCGUCAACAACACCCUGUCGCGCACAGUGUCCAACAUCAGCUCGUUGAGCAUCGGUAACCAGGUGCCUCCCACCACUCAGAAUAGUCCGCAACACGAGCAUCCGGUGGCUAUUUCUCCAGGAACCCCCGACGCGGGCGGACUGGCCGUGUUCAGCGACUCUCGCACCGCCUCGGCCGCCCCUUCAAAUGGUGGCUCUGCGUCGAGUUCUGCUGCACAUAUGUCGCACAAGAUGCGCACGUCCUCGAUCUCUGUGUCGGAGGUUUCCGGCCCUAAGCUGCCCAAAAUCGGCACAAUUGGUGUGUGUGCCAUGGACAAUAAGGUUCUGAGCAAGCCGUGUCGCCAGAUCCUGAACCGUCUGAUCGAGAACGGCGAGUUCGACACUGUCAUUUUCGGUGAUAAGGUGAUUUUGGACGAGUCGAUUGAGAACUGGCCAACAUGCGACUUUCUGAUCUCGUUCUUCUCCAGUGGGUUCCCGUUGGACAAGGCGAUCGCCUACCAAAAGCUGCGCAAACCGUUUGUCAUAAACGAUUUGAUCAUGCAGAAAGUCCUGUGGGACAGAAGACUGUGUUUGCAGAUCUUGCAGGCGGCUCAGGUGCCAACGCCGCAAAGGCUGGUGAUCUCGAGAGACGGCGGUCCGUUGGUGGACGACGAGUUGCGCACCAAGCUCGAGAAGCUCGGCGUGGACUGUUCAGAGGUGCCAGAACCAGACUGGAAAAUGGUUGACGAGGACACUCUUGUGGUGAACGGCCAAACUAUAAAGAAACCGUUUGUCGAGAAACCCGUUGAUGGAGAAGACCACAACGUGUAUAUUUAUUAUGCCAAGGAGAACGGAGGCGGAGGAAGACGUCUUUUCAGGAAGAUUGGAAACAAGUCUUCUGAGUUCGAUCCUAGUCUGAGCAACAUCCGCACAGAAGGAUCGUAUAUCUACGAGAAGUUCAUUGAUACGGACAAUUUCGAGGACGUGAAAGCGUACACUGUUGGGCCGGAGUUCUGCCAUGCCGAGACCAGAAAGUCGCCUGUUGUGGACGGAAUUGUGAGAAGAAACACUCACGGAAAGGAGGUCAGGUAUGUGACCGAACUUUCUGAGGAAGAACGCCAGGUAGCCAAGCGUGUCAGCAGCGCUUUUGAACAGACGAUCUGCGGGUUCGAUCUUUUGCGAACCAACGGCAAGAGUUAUGUGAUUGACGUUAACGGAUUUUCGUUUGUGAAAGACAACGACGCUUACUACGACCAGUGUGCUUCAAUUUUGAGACAGACAUUCUCCAAAGCAAAGACAGAACGUAAUAAGACCGCUGUUGCUUCGGAGGAGAAGAAACAGAAGUGGGUGUUCAAGGGAAUGAUUGCAGUGGUGAGACAUGCCGACAGAACACCAAAACAGAAAUUCAAGUACUCAUUCAAGUCUCCGAUUUUCAUCUCCUUGCUCAAAGGUUAUAAAGAAGAGGUGAUCAUCAGAGAGGUCCGUGACUUGAAGAUCGUGUUGCAGACUGUCCGUGUUGCUCAGGAGCAGCAUUUGGAGGACCAGGUCAAGUUAAAACAGCUUGCUACCGCUCUUGAGAAAAAGAUGGAUUUCCCUGGAACUAAGGUGCAGUUGAAGCCUUCGCUGAAUGAUGAAGGUGAGAUUGAAAAAGUCCAGCUGAUCAUCAAAUGGGGUGGAGAACCAACCCAUUCGGCCAGAUACCAGGCGUCGGACGUUGGUGAACAGUUGAGACAGGACAUCCAGCUAUUGAAUAAAGAUGCUUUGAAAGAUGUUCGCAUUUACACUUCUUCGGAGAGAAGAGUGGUUGCUUCUGCACAGCUGUUUGCGAAGUCUUUCAUUGCUGAGAACGAUCUUCCUGAAGACUUUUUGCAAGUGCGCAAAGAUCUGCUUGACGACUCGAAUGCUGCGAAAGAUCUCAUGGACAAGGUGAAGAAGAAGCUCAAGCCGUUGUUGAGACAGGGAAAAGAAGCUCCUCCACAGUUUGCCUGGCCUCCUCGGAUGCCCGAGCCUUUCAUUGUGAUAAAGCGGGUGGUGGAGCUGAUGAACCACCAUCACCAGAUCAUGGAGCGUAAUUUCGAAACCAAACAGGUAGAAUCGUUCCAGGAGAACUGGUGUUGCGGAGAGGACCCGUACUUGUUCAAGGAGAGGUGGGACAAGCUGUUUGAAGAGUUUGUGAGUGUCGAGAAAGUGCAUCCUUCUAAGAUCAGCGAGCUGUACGACACGAUGAAGUACGAUGCUCUGCACAACAGAGACUUUUUGCAAAAGAUCUUUGUGAGCGACGAUGUGGAGAACUUGUCUCAGCUGAGCUCGUCGCUAGUUCGCCAGUAUCCGAUCAACGUUCUGGCCAUGAACAAUUUCAAGGUGAACGAUUCGUCGUUGGACAACUCGUCUGCUUCCAACUCGUCCAACCCUGCCGGUUCUAUUGGCUGGGUGCUUUCCUCGUCGUACAAGCCGUCCUCCAGAGACGACCGCAACUCUCCAUUCGACGAUCCAAAGUACGAUCUUUUGCGGGAGCUGUACAGAUUGGCCAAAGUGCUGUUUGACUUUAUCUGUCCUCAAGAAUACGGUAUUGAGGAUAACGAGAAACUGGACAUUGGACUAUUGACGUCGCUGCCUCUAGCAAAGCAGAUCAUGAGCGACAUUUCCGACAUCAAGGAGACCGACAAGGCUGCCACGCGCGUGUAUUUCACCAAGGAGUCGCACAUCUACACGCUGUUGAACGUGAUUUACGAGUCGAAGCUACCAAUGAAGAUUGCGAGAAACGCACUUCCAGAGCUGGACUAUUUGUCGCAGAUCGUGUUUGAACUGUACGAGUCCGAGAACAGCGUCGGCGGCAAGACACACUCAAUCCGGCUGCUACUUUCGCCGGGCUGUCACACACAGGACCCGCUGGACGUGCAGCUGGACGAAAAACACUACAUUUCGUGCAUCAGACGGAUCAGUCUGACCAGACACCUGGACAUGGCGUACAUGCAACAGAAGCUGAAGAGCCGGUUCUCGCGGGUGUCGCUGCCUAAACGGUUCACGCCGGUGAACAUAUCCAUGAUCUCUUCUGAUACACUCGGCGAAGAUCGGCGACACGUCGAUGACGGUGAGUUUCUUGCAUUUUUGCGCCCGGGAGCUGCUGAUCGGAUACGUGUUGGUGACAAUAAUGCCAUCGAUGUACUCGCACUCGUUGAGUCUCUCAAGGCAGUCGUUGGCGAAGAUGCCGUGGGUAGCGACAAUGUAGCACUUGUUGGCUCCGCAAUUCAUUCUGAGGUGCUCUGCCGCAGCGAUGAACGAGGUGUGCUUGUCGAUCAUGUCGUCGACAAUGAUGGCCGGUUUGUUCUGGACGUUUCCGACCAGCGUGAUGAGCUUUUCGCUGGCGUUGAACUCGGGCUCGUCCUCGUCGUCGGAGUUGUCGUUUCCAAGAUCCGAGUUGUGCACAACCGCAGGCUCCUCGUGAGGAGCAGCCACAGCAGCGUCCUCUACCACAUGGCCCUUGACAAUGCGCGCUGUCUGGAUGUCGGUGCUGACAAUCACGUUUUCCUGCUCGACCUCGCCGUUCUCGGUGGUGUUGAUCGUGGACGCUGGCUGGCGGUGGAUCACUUUUCUGCCCGUGAACCCGUCCUUUGUGCGUCUUCUGUCGGUGUGGAUCAUGGCGAAGUUGACCUUGAGCUGGUCGGCCAGCGCAGUGACUCUUUUGGUUCCUCCUGGGUUCUUAGAAACAACCACGGCGUCGCUGUAGUCUGGGAUGUGCUGGCGGAUCCAAUGGGCCAGCGUAGGACCGGCGUACAGGUUGUCCACCGGCUUGGAAAAAAACCCCUGCAUCUGCGAGGCAUGCAAGUCCAUGGAAACAACGUGGUCUGCGCCGGCCAUGAUAAGCAGAUUGGCCAGCAUACGCGCGGUGAUGGCACCACGAUGUUUCUUCAUCUUGGACUGCUUAGAAUAAGGAAAGUGCGGGAUAACAGCAGUGAUCUUGGCAGCAGAACCACCUUUACAAGCAGAAAUCAGAAUCAACAACUCCAUGAUAUGGUCGUUUGUCUCGGUGGAUCCCGACUGGAUGAUGUAAACGUCCUCGUCUCUCACAGAAACGCCGAUCUGGACGCUGGUCUCCCCGUUGGCAAACUUCUUAAGGGUGACCGGAGCAGCAUCGAUCCCCAGCUUUUCGCAAACAAGCUGUCCCAGCUCGGGGUGGGAAUUUCCAACAAAAACCUUACACUUUCUCAUCUCCUGAAAAAGAUGACUGUUUGGCGGGAUGUUGUCCUGACUCGAAAUAAUGGUGAAUACUAA